AUGCACAAGCUCCCCAAGAAGCCAGCCAGGGCCUCAUCUGCCGAGGGCCAGGCAGUGAACACUAAUACUACAAACAACAGCAGAGGACGGACUAGAGGCCACAACAACAACAACAACAACAACAACAACAACAGUAACAACAACACGCGAGGCCGCAGCACCAACCGUAGCAACACCGACGACAACAAUAAUAAUCGCAAUAUUAGCAACAUCAACCGUGGCAACAGUAAUAGCAAUACCCGCCGCAACAGCAACCGUAAUCGUGGCAAAGCCAACAACAACAGUAAUAUCAAUGACAAUAGCAACCGCGGCAAGAACAAAGGCAAACGAGGAGGUCAAAGGAACGACGAGUCUGAGGAGGAGGAAUCUAGCACGUAUUUAAUAGACGAACAGAGUGAACAGUAUUCAGACGACUCGGACGCCGAAGAGAACAGAGCUAUCCAUAGUCUACCGGGGGAUUUUUUCGACUGUGACGAGCACGCACAACGAUACAUUUGGCAUGGACCAGCACCCGUUUGUUCCUCGCGAACCGGCUACCAAUCUUCGCCAUUCAAGCUCGACCACUCCUUUGCGGGCUGGCAGAGGGUCGGCGAACAUUUCGACAUGCCGUGGCCACCACCUCUUCGGAUCAGAUGCAAAUCGUUUAAUCACAGCCGGAUGACCGAGGCCUUCAAAGCGGUGGAACUCGACAUUAAUCGGUGGGAGAAUAUUCUUACGGACCUGUGGGAGCCGGCUGUGUUUAACGACGAAUACAUUAUCCUUCUCUCGUGGGUGAUCACCCGGCUCCAGUAUCUGCGCGCACUUUACCCAGUCAUGGAUGCCAACAAAUACGACUUCAACAUGAGUUUGUACUACGACCGCGCAGUUCUUAUCAUGAACACCAAAGGACCAGAUUGCACGGCGGUGGUGGAUUUCAUUAGCAGGAAAAAGGAGGGCGCGCAGGAAGACUCUUCCGUGUAUUUCGACAAGUGGUUCAAGAACAAUACCCAUUUUGGAAAAUGGUACAAAGCCAAGACCAAGAAGAAAAAGAUUUGCCAAUUCACCUACCUCGCCCAACUCACUGCAGGCAAAUGCAACAUCUCGAACUAUCGCCCCAAACUCACAGUCUCAGUCAACGGCGACAUCUAG